AUGAGGUUAGAAGAUUGGGAAUUAAUUAAUAAGUUAAGGUCUGAAAUAUACUUAGGAAAGUCUAAUAAAUGGAUUGAAGAUUCGCUGAAGUUAUUGGGAACUAAAUCGCAGUUGUGUGAUGAUUCUAGUUUUAAAACUGCCAUAGAGACGUUAAAUGAUGAUUUCAAGAAUUUGUCAGCCAAACAAAAAUUGCUGUGGUUAACUUCAAGAAUAGGUAAUUGCUUCUAUCCUCCUUUAGAUGUAGAUGUUGCGGGCCCAAUUUGCUGGUCUAAUGAACUGGUUUGUCCAUUGGUAGAUCUAGAAGUUGCAUCGAAAUAUACUGAACGAGAGAUGUUGACUCCAGAUAAUGAAGGAUCCGUCGAACAAUGUCACGAUAUAGAGGAUUGUUCUUUAGUCUCUUCUUUAAUCAAUAUUUCAAUGAGAGAUAUCGAAUUACCCAAGAUUAAACAGGUCAACGACAACAUUUAUCAUUUGAAUAUGUUCUUCAAUGGCUCAUUAAAUAGAUUGGUGUCUGUAGAUAUCAGUAAGAUACCUUCUACCAAAGAAGGUAAGCAGUUGUCUAUAUCCAGUGAUAAUUGGAGGUCAAAAAUCGCAGAGGCUGCCUAUUUGCUGACAUUUACAGGAUCUUAUGGGACCAAAGGUUCAAAUACAGCUAUAGAUACAUCUAGAUUAACAGGUUAUUUCCCAGAGAUUGCUAACCUUCAAAUGUAUUCAAUAGACACUAUUAUUAAAUAUUUUAAUUCAGAGGUAUGUUUACUUGCCCUUGGUACCGGUAGUGACUUAGGGAAAAAUGAAAAGAAUCUGAUUAAAAACCAUGAUUAUCCAGUGGUUGAUAUUGAUAAAAAUUCUAGGCGUCUAUUCUUGAGAGAUCCUCUAGAUAGAAAUAGUCGUAUUGAAAUUGAUGAGAAUGAUUUCCAGACAUAUUUUCAACAGUUAUAUUUAAAUUGGGAUACCUCUAAGUUAUUUAAAUAUAACCAGUCAUUGACCUUUGUAUAUAAGAGUGAUUCCUGUAAUCAAUUCAUGACUAUAUUUGAUAAACCAUUAUUCAAAGUAGAAAACAGGAGUUCCACAACUGAAACAGCAUGGAUACUACUGGAAAACCACCUGACAGCUGGCAAUGAGGAUUCAACAGAAACUAUCUCAUAUUUACAAGAGAUACCCGAAAACAUUCUAAAUUAUAUCAUCGAACCACCUAUUGGUGCUUAUAAUGUUGGUCUACAACUAAUUAAACUAGAAAUUCCGCCAAAUUCUGACAAGAAAUUUUUCUGUCAUUCAUCAAAUAAUGCCACCUUGACAUUGCACAUACGUUCAAUAUCCAAACAUAUUACAGUCAAAAAGUUCUCCAAUAGUCUAUUGAGAAGUCAAAUCCAAUAUGAGCUUACUGCAACAGAUGUUGGAAGAUUAAACAAACUAUACAAUAACUAUUAUCUAAAUCCAACAUUUCAGUUAUUGAUCAAUUCCAAUGAAAAUACUCAAAAGUUCAUUAAUAUCCAAUUAUUAUCUGGGAACCCAAAUAAUUUGUUGAACUUUCAGGUAUACGCAUAUGAUGAUUAUGAAUUAAUAAAGCCAAUUAUGCCAGAUAGUCAUUAUGAGCAUCAAAGAUAUUCAAAGGAAUUUGUUCCUUUGUUCAGCAACAAACUAUACAAAAUCGUAUGCUCAACUUAUCAAAGAUCAAUAUGUGACAAUUUCUCAUUAAAUGCAUUAUUCUCCAACCCAAUUGAUAACAAUUCUAAUGACGUUUCUAAAACAAUCGAAUUGAAACAAGUGUACACAGAGUAUGGUGAAAUGCCAUUUCAAAAUUCGUUAGAAUCUUCAUGGUCAUCUAAAUCAACUAGAAAAAAGAUUAAGAUAACCUCAAUGACAAAGACUAAAGUAUUUAUUCGAUUUAUCCCACAGUCUGAAUCCAGAACUUGUAGAUUCAGGUUUAACAUUUUUGACAGCGUCACUCAUGAAUUGUUUCAUGAAGAGCAUGAAUUCAUCAAGAUUCCUAUAGGUGGGAAGGUGAUCCCAGAUUUAGAUAUAUUAGAGAACUCAAGUUCAAUUGUUCUAAUGGAAAAAGACGAUGAUAGAUCUUCAAAGGACAUCGAUGAAGCAUUGAAGUUCAAUCUGCUGAUAAGUUCCAAUAAGAAGGUCUUUAUAUACGAACUUUAA